AUGGCAAUAAUGAUUUUAUCUCUUUUUACAAUCACCGCCCAAUGCUAUAUUAAGCAGAAGGAUGAUUAUUCAAUACUCAAAGACGCGCAAUAUAAAUUAGCUGAUGCAGAAAAUAAUUUGAUUUUAAAUCAGCUUUUAGCCGCUGAUAAUUCUAGUAGCGUCACAUCACAUUCGCCAAGCAUAAAUAAUUCAGAUGCAAACAUUUCUUCACCUUCGUCAGAACUAAAUUCAACAACAAAUACCUCCGAAACAGAUCAUGCCUCAAACACAUCAAUAUCAACAGAAUCAGUCUCACCAGAAAUUGAUUCCAAUGUUACAGAUUCAGGAUCUGGAACACCAUCUGAAACUAAUUCUUCUGUGUCUGAGACACCUUUCGAGCCAUCCCCAUCAUCAAACAGUAGUGAGGAAGUCCCAUUACCUUCAAAUUCGACUGAAAGCUCAUCUUCUUCCGAUGAAUAUUCUCCAUCUUCUACAGAGUCACCUUCUAAUUCAUCAGAGAUCUCAUCAUCAUCAGUGUCGUUAUCGUCAUUAGAGAGCUCCGAAUCGUUAAUUCCUUCAAACUCUUCAGAAUCAAAUAUCACAGAAUCUUCUUCAUCGUCAUCAGAAACAUUAACAUCAUCAGAGUCAUCAGAUUCCAACAUUACUGAAUCAUCUACAUCGUCAGAGUCAUUGACUUCCACUGAAUCUAAUGAAACAGAAUCAUCCACAUCAACAGAGUCAUCUACUUCUUCAGAAUCAAAUGAAACAGAAUCAUCUACUUCAACAGAGUCAUUCACACCUUCAGAAUCGAAUGAGUCAACAUCUUCAUCGUCCUACGAAUCAUCUGAAUCUUCAUCAUCAGAAUACAAUGAGUCAUCCUCAUCAAGUUACUUCACACCAUCAGAAUCAAACGAAACAACAUCCUCUAUUGAACCAUCAGAGACAACUUCAUCAACUGAAUCAUCAUCCUCAUCAGAAAUUCCAAUUCCUCCUAUUCCAAAGCCAACAGCUACUCCUAUUCCAAAGCCAACAGCUACUCCUAUUCCAAAGCCAACAGCAACACCAAUGCCAAAGCCAACAGGUACUCCUAUUCCAAAACCAACAGCUACUCCUAUUCCAAAGCCAACAGGUACUCCUAUUCCAAAGCCAACAGCUACUCCUAUUCCAAAGCCAACAGCUACUCCUAUUCCAAAACCAACAGCUACUCCUAUUCCAAAGCCAACAGGUACUCCUAUUCCAAAGCCAACAGCUACUCCUAUUCCAAAGCCAACAGCUACUCCUAUUCCAAAGCCAACAGCAACACCAAUGCCAAAGCCAACAGGUACUCCUAUUCCAAAACCAACAGCUACUCCUAUUCCAAAGCCAACAGCUACUCCUAUUCCAAAGCCAACUCCAACACCAAUACCAGAGCCAACAGCUACUCCUAUUCCAAAGCCAACUCCAACACCAAUACCAAAACCAACUCCAAAGCCGACAAAGGAAGUACCAACACAACCACCUACUCCAGCUCCAACAGAGAACAAUAACCAGAACGACGGAUAUAUUGGUAAAUUAACAAAGACACAGUUCAUCUACGUUAUGAUUGGUGUCGGCGGCUUUAUCCUUAUUGUUAUCAUCAUUGUUCUUUCUGUUUGCCUCUGCAAGGCUAAGAAGCGGAACGCUAUGGACAAGGAGAAAUCUCAACAAUUAUCAGAUCUUUUGUUCAACGAGUAA